GGAAGAGUAUGCAUAACUGAACAUUUCAAUUUCUCUAUCUGUCACGCCUCUAAACAUAUAUCGUGAAUAACAAUCGAUUUUUCACACAACAAAGUGAAAACAAAAAGAUCAGUUUUUCAUUCUUUUUAGUCUAUUAUUAGUGACUUUCUAUUCGUAAGCACGUAGGCUGUACCUAUCAAAUUGUAUAUAAUAUAGUUGAAUUUAACUAACAAGCAAGCAGGUAAUUGGGAAAAAUAAACAAAAAAAACAGAGGAAGGAAACAGGGAUUUUGUUACAAUGGCAGUAGAACCAUUGAGGAAUUUUGAAAUGGAAAGGAGAUUUGAAGGUGAUGAUUGUGAUGAUGCUAAGAAGAUGAGCAAAAAGAGCUUGAAUGAAUCCAAGAAGUUGUGGGAAAUAGCUGCUCCUGCCAUUAUCACCGCGGUUUCUCAGUUCUCUAUUGGCUUUGUCAGCAUUGCAUUCGUCGGGCAUCUUGGUUCUUUGGAGCUAGCAGCCAUCUCUGUUGUUCAGAAUGUUGUUGAAGGUUUUGUUUUUGGAAUUAUGUUAGGGAUGGGAAGUGCCCUUGAGACACUUUGUGGACAAGCUGUUGGAGCAGGACAAUUUGAUAUGCUUGGCGUAAAUCUGCAAAGAUCAUGUGUGAUUACUCUAGUGACGGCGUUGUUAUUGACACCCUUUUAUGUAUUUACAUCACCAAUAUUGAAGCUCCUACAUCAGGACAAGGAUAUUUCAGAACUUGCGGGGAAGUACGCGAUCUGGGUGAUUCCUCAACUCUAUGCUUACGCGUUGAACUUUCCUGUUCAGAAGUUCCUGCAAGCUCAAAGCAAAAUAUGGGUUAUGACUGUAAUCAAUAUUGUCAUAUUGGUAUUUCAUAUUGUAUUGAAUUGGGUGCUCGUGACAAAGCUCGGGCAUGGCCUUCUUGGUGCUGCUAUGGCAGGGAAUGUCUCGUGGUGGCUCGUGGUUUUAGCUCAGAUUUUCUAUGUUAUUUCUGGUUUUUUCCCUAAAUCAUGGACCGGACUUUCCAUGUUAGCUUUCAAAUCUCUCUGGAGUUUUGUUAAAUUAUCACUUGCAUCAGCUGUCAUGUUAUGCCUGGAGCUUUGGUAUUUUACUGUAGUGAUCCUUAUGGUUGGCUGGUUAAAGAAUCCAGAAAUUGCAGUAGAUGCUAUAUCAACCAGCUUAGCAUUGCAACUUUGGGUACUAAUGAUCACUCUAGGUUUCAAUGCUGCAAUCAGUGUUCGUGUUUCAAAUGAACUGGGAGCUGGUCGUCCAAAAGCUGCAAAGUUCUCCAUAUUGAUUGCUGUUAUUACAUCAACUCUAGUUGGAGUUGUAUUUACAGUUGCUGUAAUUGUUACCCAGAACUAUUACCCGCGAUUGUUUUCUGAUAAACCGGAAGUCAUACAUGAGACAUCCAAAUUGGCCUACUUCUUGGCUGUUACUAUCUUCCUAAUGAGCAUCCAACCUAUACUUCAUGGGGUAGCAGUAGGAGCUGGAUGGCAAUAUUCAGUUGCGAUUAUAAACGUGGUUUGCUACUAUAUAGUUGGCCUUCCAUUAGGUGCCUGUCUUGGUUACAUUGCCAAUAUUGGUGUUAAGGGAAUUUGGACAGGAAUGCUCGUUGGUACCCUGCUUCAAACAAUAGUUUUGACGUUCAAAAUGUGGAAAGCUAAUUGGCGAAGAGAGGCAAUUCAUGCUGAAAAGCGCAUCCGAACAUAUGGCGAUCAGCCUUCUCAGGAUGAAAUUGAGAACAUUGGUUCGCGUAGUACCUCGCCUCUGCAAUAAACACAGGCCAUUAUAAGUAGAUCAUACAAGAAUCGGAUAGGUAUAUAGUUUAGUAAAACUGGUUCCUAGUGAAAAUUUUGCAUUAGAUUUGUUCAGGACUGCAACAAAAAUUUGGACCUGAUUGCAAGUCUUACAUUUUUCCUACUUAUAAUAUUUGGUGUUUACCAAACGCAAUGAGUGGUGCAAUGGCUGGAAUUUCUAACCAUGAAAAUGUAAAGAAUUGCACUCUUUUAUAUUCUAAAUAAAUUGUGUUACUGCUAAUCUUCCAUCUUGGACCAAACUCUUGAACAAUAUUCCGUUAGGAUUUGCCCUGAAUUUUCUAGGUCGAUUAAAAGUUCUUUUCUUGGAAAAGAUGUCAUUCCAUCUUUGAUUAGUUUGUAUGGUUUUAUAUUA